GAAGGGAGCAGAUGGGAGGCUAGAAAGGGGAAGAAGUCCAUCGUCUUGGUGCGGGUUGCUUGUCCGUAGUAACGGGUGUAUUGGAGGGCCAAUUAAUUGUACUGAUUAUUCCAUUCACUUACCGCAGCGUUAGAACGGUUAAGUACAUACUGGUGAAUUCCCACACACUGCCGAAAAUGCCGAUGUCACUGUGACGACAAUUUUGUUGCGGUAUGGUCACUUCCUAGCUUGUGCAUGAGGCAGCAAAUCUGUUUUGGUAUCGUAACCUUCACCUCUUUCGUGUUAUGCGGGAGAGCUUCGUGCGCUGGGUCGUAAGUUUACUUUAAGCUGAGAUUAAGUAGCAUGGAUUUAGCCGUGUGUUUCCCAUGUUGUCCGGAAAUUUUAACUGAAUAAAAAAUAAGGCAACACAUAAAGUAAAGUGAGCUGGAAGUAAAUUUAACCUGGAAUUUUAAUAUGUUUUUAUUAGCGGUAGUCUAGAUAGACACUAUGAAAUGCAUGCAUGCCUGAGAAUUAAUACACCUUAAAGAGCACUCAAGAAAUAUAACUUGUUUUUAAAUUUUUUUCCAUUAAUUACUCAUAACUCUAACUUUACGCUUAAACAAAUCAAAAUCGUAAAAGUAAUAGCUUGGAGCAUUAACUGUUUUAGAUCACUUAUGUUCUGCACUUUUUUUUUAAUCCCAACACAUCCCAUUUAUACUGGUCCAUUGUUACUGACGCUGAAACCAAAUUCCCCAGAGGCUUAAGACGCUAGAUGCGCUACGAAAUGGGGUUGGAUUUUGCAUAACCGGUACGUCACACCAGGAUUACACCAGGAGUAGUAUACAAAUUAGUGGGCCAAGGUUGUUGCAGCAACGAGCACAUUGCGAAAAGCGACAAAUUUGUUCAGUUCAUUGCCAUAGUUUUUCCCCUCUGCGGAGAGCAAUAAAACAAUUCCCAUCGUUACUGGCGAGUGCGAAAACAAAUUAACCAACCAGCACGAGGUAAGUGCACGAUCCUAGCGACUAGAAGCAGAUUGUACGUCACAUACUGGCCAUGCGGUUUACUAGCUAGAGUUCGUGUAUGGUUAAUUAAUUAUCCGUAAAUGUAGGUCCACUUUUUGAAGGAACCAUUCGUGCUGAAAAGUUGCGCCCGGUGUUUGGAUAUCAGUCUUACUUGAGAGCUGCUCCCGUGUGCAGAAGGUACAAACAUUGGUGGUGUAACAUUCUUACAGUUCUAGUUGACGGACAUAAGUGAUAAUUUGUGCUGCUUACUUAGUAGGAUGGCUUUGAUCAUACGCUCGAUCCUUAAUGGAUAUAAUUAUCUGGUAGACAAAACAGAUGAGAGAAUUGUCGAUUUACCGCUGCUCCAAUCCGUUUGGACGGUUCCAUUAAUAACCGGUGCGUAUCUCUACUUCGUCCUCAACCUGGGCCCAAAACUGAUGACCAAUCGGAAACCGUUCGAAAUGCGCAGUCUUCUGAUCGUCUACAAUCUUGUACAGGUUGCUGCAAAUUUGAUCGCUUUCGGGAAGGGUAUCAACUAUUUGCGCAAGUAUCCGUACUCCUUCGUCUGUCAGCCAUUGGUACUGGAUGCGAGUGAUCAGUCGAUGGAAGAGUUACGACUCGCCUACUUUUACUUCCUGCUGAAGAUACUCGAUCUUGCCGACACCGUGUUCUUCGUGCUGCGGAAAAAGCAAUCUCACGUGUCCUUUCUGCACGUGUAUCAUCACACGAUAAUGGUGCUGUCGACAUUGUUGGUUAUGCGCUAUCUGGCCGGCGGUCACUGCUUUAUGCUCGGCAUGCUCAACACACUCGUUCACGCUGUGAUGUAUUUCUACUUCUUCCUUACCAUCUACCGGCCAGAAAUGAUGCGUGGUGCAACGUGGAAGCGAUACGUCACACUCAUCCAGAUGGCACAGUUCGCUUACCUGGUGUUUCACUUCUUCCGCCCUAUCGUACUCAACAUGGACUGUAACUAUCCGCGGGGUGUGAUGUGGUUCGUCGGCUUGCAGAACGUCUUCAUGCUGAUGAUGUUCAGUGAUUUCUAUCGACGAGCAUACCUCACGAAACCGAACAAAGUUCACGAACGUUAAUGGAGCGUGUUGCUCAUUACGGAGUACAGAUUCUUUGGCAAAUGUACAGACACGGAACGCAUGGUUAUGUUUGAUGUUGUAUUGUUACGAUAUAAUACCUUUAUUCAAUAGUGUUCCUGUAAACACGGUCUGCUGAUAACCGCAUUUGCUGUAGUUUCUUUACAUCAAAAUAAAAGAAUACCUUAAUCCGUAA